UUAAAUGCUGUCCCGCCACAAACGCGCCUCACUUGAGGGUCGUGUGUGUGUGAGAGAAAAUAAUACUUUAUAUUCAGUAACAACCACAGUGAGGGAACUAUCCCGGAGUCGGACAGUCUGUUAUUUCGCACAGAGCGAGGAGAGACGCAGCACGAGGACAAUAUUGACUCAACCGUUUACUUUAUGACUAUAGCUCUCAACAGGAACCGGCGGAUUCCUUACUAAAUAUAGACUACAACAAUUGUCAAAGUUUUUGACAGCAAACAUUUACGGGUGUGGUGUUAUCCUGCGAUCCGUUGGAGUUGAUUUGUACAUUUUGACUUUUUUUGACCAUUAUUUGCCUUCCUCAAACGGACCUACAGCUGCGUUUAAAAGUGGCGUUCUAAAGGGUGUCCCCAGGUGAUGACCUCACUGUUUUCCAGCCCAGCCCACGUCGUCAUGAAGGACCGCGAGCCUCCUCCAUCCUCCCUCACCCUGCUCCACUACCCUGGGAUGACGGUCACUGCCAAGACCCCCGGGGAUGACCCCUUUCCCAACUCCACCUCUCCAUCCCUCUCCAAACCACAGCCCUUCUGCCUGCAGACCCUCCAGACCAGCCCUCACCUCCUCGCCAGCCUGCAGCUCCAGAAACUCAACUCCCACUACCAGAGUCUGGCUGGAGGCAGUGGUGCCUCAGGGCUCAACUCAGGGCCUCAGAGGGGGUUUGGGGGCUCCACGGUGGGCUCGACUGGGCAGCUGGUCGGGGGUACCUCUGGAGGUGGCGGAGGUGGGAACCAGAGUUGUGGAUCUGGCGGGAUCAUAGAUUCUGACCCAGUGGAUGAAGAGGUUCUGAUGUCAUUGGUCAUAGAGCUGGGGUUGGACCGGGCCAAUGAGCUGCCUGAACUCUGGCUGGGACAGAAUGAGUUUGACUUUAUAGCGGACGUACCUGCUGGAUGUUGACCGGAUAGAGAGAUGGAAGGAGGGGAUCUGUGCUCUCUUUCAUUCUUCUGUUAGUCUCUUGUUUGGAUGGACACAGACUCCGACGUCCCUGCCGCAUACUAACCUAAACACACAGAAAGAGAAACUGUCCUUUUGUUUUUUUGGGGGGGUCAACCUCUUAGUUUUUCUCUGAAAGAAAAAUGAUGACCACAAACGGACCCAAAGAGAGCAUGCGCUCUUGUUUUUUCCCCUCUGUACCACCCUCUCAUUUCCUCUCUCAGAAGGACAGAGUGCGGACACGGGGCUGGGGUUUCGUCUUGUGUUUUUCUGUGAGUCUGUGUGUCAGAGAGGAUGUCGACUUCAGGGGGAACUUGUGUUUACCUUCAUUUAUUCCUCGGCGCAAAAGGACCCUGAAGCGGCGUUAAGGGUUGUGAACAUCCAACGGUACAACAGAAACCAAGAGGGGACAAAACCCACAGGACCCUAUCUAUAUUUAACAGUAGGGAAAACACUGAGGGAUAGAAGAGCCUGGGGCCUGUCUCGUUGUACCUCCCACGGGCCUCCUGCACACGCUCACACACACACUGACUGAAGGAUGGGUGGUAUUAUGUUGCGGUAAUGCAGCUGUGAAACAGGCACUUGUUCAGUUACCCUCGGGUUCAGGGGGUUUGAUGCGACGUGAGGGUGAGAGAAUGCGCGAGAGAGAUGAGUGAUGUGUACCUGUGUGUGAGAGGUUGUAUGAGACAGACAUGACAGGAGGCCUGUGUAGUCUCCAUGCUAUUGUCUGUAUCUAAAUACGUUAUUGAGUCUCAAAGUCAGUGGUCUUCAUGUAACUCUGUAGGAGUCUUGUUUCUGCCCGAUCUCCCCGUCUCGCUUUCCCUCUCUCUGUAUGUAUUGUAAGUCUCUUGCUCUAUGUCAAAUGGAUGAUGUCUGAAGAAGCAAAGAGAGCUAUGAGUCUCUCCCUUUUCUUCUGUCUCUCUCUCUCUCUCCUGUGCUCUGAGCCAAGACACUCCGUCACUACCUACUCUGCUAUGUUACUGUCAAAGUAAAUGUGUACAUCUCAACUGGCACCCUAUUCCCUAUAUAGUGCGCGUAUGGCCAGAGCCCUAUGGGUCCUGGUCUAAAGUAGUGCACUAUAAAGGGAAUAGGGUGCCAUUUGACUGUUCCAAUCUAUUAGUUAAUGAGGCUGUAGGAUGCAGUUAAAGAUGGCUGCCUUGUUUGUUUUUCUGGGGUGGAAUGGGAGAGCUGAAGACGACCUAAUGACAAACUGAUGAUUGAGUCAUUGACUGAUUUACCUACAGUACCUACAUUGUAAAAGAGAUUUAUUUUUAUGUCUUAUGCAACUCAUUUUUAAGACAGAAAAAAUUGACGAGAAAGUUUCAAUUGACUAAGUUCCCAGGUUUCAGUGAAUAGAGUCCUAAGCCUGAAUCACAUUGCAUCAACACGACGUGAAAGACCACAUUUUAACACCCAGGACAUUGAAGAUAACUAAUGGAAUAUUACCAACUUGUAAUUUCCUGAACAGAAACCCUUUGAUCCGACUGACGACUGGCGCAAGAACAUUUUACUUUGAUUUAGUUUCUGUUCGUUUUGCUUAUUACAUUUCACAUUUUUAUGACUUAUUUUGGUUUAGGGUGAGAAACCUCUGGCUAUUGACUUUGUAAAAGAAACAUAUCAGAUAGUAAUUAAUCACUUGUAUAGUAGAUACUGUACUGAUUGUAUGAUCCUUAGUUUCUUAAAAUCACACCUUUUUUCAAUUGAAGGCUUUCUUUUGUUUAAGAGGUGGACCUCAUUUCUUUAUUUGUCUCAUCUUUGACUUUUGUUUUGCAAUUUUAAAUGACGGAAAGAAUAUAUCCGAGGUUGAUUUAAUUUUUUUGCAUCUCAUUUGUAUUUCUAUGUAAAUUUACUAGAUCAUAUUUAAAUGGUUGUAUUUUUGUUCUCUGCAUGUUUGGGGAAAAUAAAGAAUACCGAACAGAA